AUGCAAGAUGAUGAGAGUCGAGAUGAUGGUACCAUUCAACGACUUCUCAUUCUUCAUUUGAAUCUGGCUCAAAUUUGUACGGGAAAAGCCCUGGGAGAAACAGCCGCACCCGAGGAAUGGGAACAACACAUACUGUACUACCAUCAUCAAGAUCAGUACGGAUCUUCCAGUGUCAUCAAUGGUAGUACAUGUAGUAGUAGUGACAUCCAAAGAUGGACAGUUCGUCAGGAAACCAUCCAGUUUGCAAGUUUAUGCAUUGCCUUGAGCAACUUGCCGUCUGCCUUGACAAACAAUCAUCAUGAUAAUGAUCAGACGACGAGUCAGGUACACUUGGAUCGGUCCACACUAGUCUUUGUUCCCCUCGAAGAGACUGCAACUCACAGCAGCAGCAACCUGGAAGUUCCCAAGAUUUUGGCUGUGGUCCAAAUCAGCAGUGAUGGUACAUGCGACCCUCUCGCCAUUCGAUCUGCCCUGGAACGAUCGCACAAGCUAUUCUGUCUGCUUCGCUAUGGAGGAAUUCAUCUGCGUUUACAAGGGUAUCCCAGCAGCUUUAAUAAUAGUGAUGUUUCCAAACCUGACAAUACCAACGGCAAAAGCAGCUGUCCUUAUCCAGGAAUGGACCUGCUAUUUGACCAAUUGAAGAAACUGCGUCGAUUGAGGGAAGCCAUGUAUCGAAGUAUGAACAAAGAUUCAGAGCAACAACAGGAAGAAAGUCAACUUGUGCAAGAGAUUCAGAGCCAAAAGAACAGUCUGCCCAUCUCUUCACUGACGGUUGAUCUCAAGUUUCACUAUGAUGCCUUCCUCGCAGAUUUAGCCAACUCUAGAUCAAGAGGGGCGGGUCGCUGUCUCGUGGAAGCCAUCCCAGCUCCAAUUGCUCGACCGGACGGCAGCCAUGCUUCCAAAUGGACUCCUUGUCAGCCGCCCGUGCAUGUAUCUUUUUAUUUGGGGCAAGCAAUAAGAGCCUUGCUACAAGACAACAAUCUCCAGCUCUUUGCCGUUUCAACAUUUUACCAAAGUCAAUUCCUGUAUCACCAUCAACACGACGGAUCCUUUGCCGAAGAGAACGCAGCAGCUUGCUUGCUGAUGUGGUACUUUGCCUCCUAUGGCUUUCAGAUGAAGCAGCAACAACAGAACCAGGAACGAUUUGCUGCUACGUCAUCUCCGAAGCGUAUCAGUGCUGGCUUGGUGUCCUUUUCCGAUCAGGUAUCCGUGGCAUCGGCAGGAAUGGGAUCGUCUUUCGAGGCUCCAAACGACGAUGAAGCCGACAAUCAUCACGACCAACGAGGCCAUUUUCUCCAGACCCCACCACUGGCAAUGCUGAGUGCCUCAGAGCAGAAUACAAUCUCUGUUCAUGGGCCUUCAGGAGAACUUGUAUGGGCGCCGUGGGUGUGCCACAACCAUGAAUCGGGGAAACCUGACAUCUUACACGCAUUGGUGUAUGAAUGGCAGGAGUUUAGCUUUCUCGUGUUUGUUCAACAACACAUGGAUCAAUCACUUCAUAAGCAGUGCGACAAUUCACGAUGGGACUUCGAACCUUACUCGGAAGACAUGCAGGUACUGUUGGAACGAAUAUCGUCUGCACUGGACGACUGUUUAAAUCUUUAUGCAACCCAGACCCACAGCGAGGAACAAGACGGGUCCCCCGUUGCACGCCAUUCGCUCCUGGAGUGCCAACAGACCCCCUUUGUCGGUUCAGUUGGUCGAGAUGUUAUCUUUGUGGAUCGCAUGAACGGUAGCAUGCUCCUGUUUCCUCGUCUUGCGCCCAAAACGCCCAAGAAGAACGGCAAGAGUCCGGGGCGAUUCAUGCGUCUUUUCCGGCCCAAAGUCUCGGAUACUAUCCCAGAAACGAACUCGAGCUCAAGCCACGAUCUUGUAAACUGGAUGUCCGAGGGUUUGGACUGUCGUCAUUGGUUGUCAUCUCGUCUUUCUUCGGACGCUUUGCGAGCACUGGACGAUGCCAUGAAUGACGUCCAUGCCUACAGGCAGAGGAGGGUACGACCACACAGAAAAAUCAGUGGUAUAGGGAGUGGGAAUUUUGAGGUGUUGACACCACUACCUAUGGGUUGGAUACAUGCGUUUGCAGACGAACAGGACCGUGAAAUAUACACUGUUCUAGAUGCGAGGGAAUACGGUACGAUGACUGAGGUCCAAAUGGCCAUUUCCGAGGUCCGGGCGGCUCUGAUAUGA